AUGGAGCAAGUAGUGGAGGCGGACAAGAAGUGCACAUUCUCCAUCGAUCGUGGCGGCACAUUCACUGACAUCUAUGCCGAGGUGCCAGGCGAGCCCGGCUUUAGGGUGUGCAAGCUGCUGUCGGUUGACCCCAGCAACUACGACGAUGCCCCGCGCGAGGGCAUCCGCCGCAUCCUCGAAGAGGUGACGGGCAAGUCGAUCCCCAAGGACUGCGUCGACACGUCUCACAUCAAGUGGAUCCGCAUGGGCACCACCGUCGCCACCAACGCCCUGCUCGAACGCAAGGGCGAGCGCACGGCCCUCAUCGUCACCAAGGGCUUCCGCGACGUCCUCCGCAUCGGCAACCAGUCGCGACCUGAUAUCUUCGAUUUGAGCAUGAAGAGGCCCGAGAUGCUCUACGAGCAGGUGGUCGAAGUCGAGGAGCGCGUCCGUCUGGUGGGCGCCGAGUCCAACCUCCCCGCCGACUCUGCCUCUACCGGCAACUACGUAAAGGGCACCACGCUCGAGUGGGUCGAAAUUUUGAAGAAGCCCAAUCUCGAGAAGCUCGAGGCCGACCUCAAGGCGGUCUACGAUUCGGGCAUCCGGGCGGUGGCCGUGGUGCUGAUGCAUUCGUACACCUUCCACGAGCACGAGGCACUGGUGGGCCAAGUGGCGGCCAAGAUCGGCUUCGAGCAGAUCUCGCUCUCGCACGAGGUCAUGAGCAUGUUCCGCAUCGUCCCUCGAGGUUUCACGGCGACGGUGGACGCCUACUUGACGCCGCUGAUCAAGCGCUACAUCGAGAACUUCUCCAAGGGAUUCGACGAGCACCUGACCAAGAACGUGCGCAUCUCCUUCAUGCGCAGCGACGGCGGACUCGCUCCCGUCGACCGCUUCCGCGGCUCCUCCUCCAUUCUCUCCGGCCCCGCUGGAGGUGUGGUGGGCUACGCCAUGACGACCGACACCGAGGAGAAGAUGCCCGCAAUCGGCUUCGACAUGGGCGGUACGUCGACAGAUGUGUCGCGCUAUGCGGGCAUCUACGAGCAGGUCUACGAGACGGUGACCGCGGGCAUCACCAUCCAAUCGCCGCAGCUCGACAUCAACACCGUGGCCGCUGGCGGCGGCUCCCGCCUCUUCUUCCGCUCGGGCCUGUUCGUCGUCGGCCCCGAGUCCGCGGGCGCGCACCCGGGUCCUGUGUGUUAUCGCAAGGGCGGCUAUCUGGCCAUCACGGAUGCCAACUUGCUGCUAGGCCGCCUGCUCCCCGAGUACUUCCCCAAGAUCUUCGGUCCGACGGAGAAGGAGCCGCUCGACAAGGAGGGCACAGAGAAGGCCUUCGCCGAGCUCACCGCGCAGAUCAACCAGUGGCACGCCAAGCAGGGCGACGCCAAGCAGCUCACGCCCGACGAGGUAGCCUACGGGUUCAUCCGAGUGGCCAACGAGACCAUGUGCCGCCCCAUCCGCGCGCUCACCGAAGCCCGCGGCCACGACCCGUCAAAGCACGUCUUGGCGUGCUUCGGCGGCGCCGGCGGCCAGCACGCGUGUGCGAUCGCGCGCAUGCUGGGCAUGCGCCGGGUGUUCAUUCACCGCUUCGCCGGUAUCCUGUCUGCCUAUGGCCUGGGCCUGGCCGACAUGGUCGAGGAGUUCCAGGAGCCCUGCGCCCAGACCUACUCUCGCGAGAGCAUGGCCGGCUACCUCACCCAGCGCAUCGACGCCCUGGGCCGCAAGGCCACCGCCCGCCUCGAGGCCGUCGGCUUCGACCAGGGCUCCAUCAUCAUCGAGGCACCACCACCCUACAAUUUGCCAUACCCGUACCUGGAUUUGAGGUACGAGGGAACGGACACGAUUCUGCGCACCAAGCAGCCGGCAGUCGGAAGCGAGUUCGAGGGCGACUACGAGGGCGCCUUCAAGGCCGAGUACCAGCGCGAGUACGGGUUCACCAUUAAGGAGCGCGCUGUCGUUGUCGAUAACAUCCGCGUCCGCGCCAUCGGCGUCACCGCCAACGUCAAGCGCAUCCCCAAGCUCAAGCUUGACGCCCCCUUCUCCGAGAGAAAGGUGGAGUACACGACGUGCUAUUUCGAGGGCGGGCGGGUGAAGACGCCGGUCUACCAGCUCUCAGACCUGGGCGCCGACGACAUCGUCGUAGGUCCGGCGAUCAUCAUCGACAAGACGAGCACGAUCGUGAUCGAGCCCCUGUGCAAGGCCAAGAUCACCAACUGGGGCGACAUCUCCAUCGAAGUCCAGUCGGCCCGCAAGGCCUCCAUCGGGACGGAUUUGGAUCCGAUCCAGCUGUCGCUGUUCAGCAACCGGUUCAUGAGCAUCGCCGAGCAGAUGGGCAAGACGCUCCAGCGCACCUCCAUCUCGACCAACAUCAAGGAGCGCCUUGACUUCUCCUGCGCCCUCUUCGGCCCGGACGGAGGGCUUGUGGCGAACGCGCCGCACUUGCCCGUGCACUUGGGUGCGAUGCAGGAGGCGGUCCGCCUGCUCGGGGCCGACUGGAAGGAGGGCGAGGUCGUCGUCUCCAACCACCCGGCCGCCGGCGGCUCUCACCUCCCCGACAUCACCGUCAUCACCCCCGUGUUUAAGAACGGAAAGACUGUGUUCUUCGUGGCGAGCCGGGGCCACCACGCUGACAUUGGCGGCAUUUCGCCGGGUUCGAUGCCGCCCUUCUCCCACACGCUGGCCGAAGAGGGCGCCUGCAUCAAGUCCUUCAAGCUCGUCAAGGACGGCGUCUUCCAGGAAGAGGCAGCCGAACGAGGUACUCGCAACCUGCGAGACAACAUGUCUGAUCUCAAGGCCCAGGUGGCGGCCAAUAACAAGGGCAUCCACCUGGUGGGCGAGCUGAUCGAGGAGUACGGCCUCGAAGUCGUGCAGGCCUACAUGUUCCACGUGCAAAACAACGCCGAGCAGGCGGUGCGUGAGAUGCUGCGUACGCUGUCGGAGGAGCACGGCCUGGACCCGGUCGACCACCUCUACGCCGAGGACUUCAUGGACGACGGCACCCCCAUCCGCCUCAAGAUCACCAUCGACCGCAACGACGGCACGGCCGUCUUCGACUUUGCCGGCACGGGCCACGAAAUCUACGGUAACUUGAAUGCGCCGCGUGCGGUGACGAUGAGUGCCGUGAUCUAUUGCCUCCGGUGUCUCGUGCGACGCGAGAUUCCGCUCAACCAGGGCUGUCUCAACCCCGUCAACGUCAUCAUUCCCGAGGGCUCGAUUCUGGCGCCGUCCGAGGAAGCCGGCGUCGUGGGUGGCAACGUGCUCACCUCCCAGCGCGUCACCGACGUCAUCCUCACCGCCUUCAAGGCCUGCGCCAAUUCCCAGUGGCUGGCCGGCCGGCAGGGCUGCAUGAACAACUUCACGUUCGGUAACGAGCGGAUGGGCUACUACGAGACCAUCGCCGGCGGCGGUGGCGCCGGCCCAGACUGGGAGGGCGAGUCGGGCGUCCAUUCGCACAUGACCAACACCCGCAUCACUGACGCGGAGAUCCUGGAGCGCAAGUACCCGGUGCUGCUCAACGAGUUUUCCAUCCGCGCGGGCAGCGGCGGCCGGGGCCUGCGUCGCGGCGGCGACGGCGUCGUGCGCGAGCUCCAGUUCCUGCAGCCGCUCACCGUCGGCAUCCUGUCCGAGAGACGCGCCUUUGCGCCGCACGGGCUCAACGGAGGCGAGGACGGUGCGCGCGGAUCGAACGAGUGGGUGAAGGCCGACGGGCGGGUGGUGUACCUGGGCGGCAAGAACACCCUGACCAUGGGCGUCGGCGACCGCCUGCGCAUCAUCACCCCCGGCGCCGGCGGCUACGGCAAGCCCACCACCACCAACUGA